AUGACAGCACCUGCUGCCCCGCCGACAGCACCUGCUGCCCCGCCGACAGCACCUGCUGCCCCGCCGACAGCACCUGCUGCCCCGCCGACAGCACCUGUCUUACAACAGCACUACUGCCUUAUAACAGCACCUGUUGACCUUUUAACAACAACUGUUGACCUUUUAACAACAAUUGUUGACCUUUUAACAACAAUUGUUGACGUUUCAAUAAUAAUUGUUGACGUUUCAACAACAAUUGUUGACCUUUUAACAACAAUUGUUGACGUUUCAAUAACAAUUGUUGACCUUUCAACAACAAUUGUUGACCUUUCAACAACAAUUGGUGACCUUUCAACAACAAUUGGUGACCUUUCAACAACAAUUAUUGACGUUUUAACAACAAUUGUUGACCUUUCAACAACAAUUAGUGACCUUUCAACAACAAUUGGUGACCUUUCAACAACAAUUAUUGACGUUUUAACAACAAUUGUUGACCUUUCAACAACAAUUGUUGACCUUUCAACAACAAUUGUUGACCUUUCAACAACAAUUGUUGACCUUUCAACAACAAUUGUUGACCUUUCAACAACAACUGUUGACCUUACAAGAGCAGUAGACAGUUGA